UUAUGGAUUUAUUUCUUUGCAGUAAAAUAAUGAGUAAUGUUGUCAGUCUGUUCACCUCAUCCUAUGUAUUCUACUGGCCCCGAUACUUCAACACCCAGUCCAUGCAGUAUCCACCAGCCUUUGAUGGGCGCGUUGUCUUGUAUCCUAGUGAUAAAAAUCUCAGAGACUAUCUCUCAUGGAGACAAGCAGACUGUCACAUCAACAAUUUAUACAACACAUGUUUCUGGAAGCUGGUCCAGGAAAGAGGCUUGACCCCUGCCCAAUCUCAGGAAAGGUUAAAGGGGACCUUGUCAAGUGAUAAAAAUGAGAUAUUAUUCAAUGAAUUUAACCUGAACUACAAUAACUUGCCAGAAAUGUAUAGGAAGGGGACAGUGAUUAUUCAUCAAAAGGAAAAAGAGCUGGACUCGAAUUCUUUGUCCCCAGUGGAGAGAAGUCCUCGAAACUCUGUGUCGUUUAGUUCCCAAGGCGAUUAUAUUCCUCGGACACGGGUCCAAAUACUCCAUUGUGACAUCAUUAGUGAAAAAUUCUGGACCGAACAUCCUCAGAUUCUAGAUGGAAUCAAAAAAUAGUUAAUGCACUUGACAGUAAAAGGGAGAGAAUUCUGCAGCUUUAAAAUGUUUGAAAUGCAUGUCAGAUGUAAAAGUGGUCAGAGAGGUGGAAGUGAAAAAUUAGUGUUAACCUAGGCAGCCACUUUGACUGUGAGUGAUGCAUUAUGUUCAUUGUGGGGGAGCCAUUUUUUUGUCUCAUUUUGUCAAAGUUUAUAUUAAACUUCCUUGUAUUUAUUUUAAUGUGACGUUAUACUCAAUUACGCAAUAUUGUUGACAAAGUUUCUUCUGUACCUUCUGUAUCUUAAUAUAUGAAAUAUAAAUUUAUGUGAAUCAUCA